GCGAGUCAACUUCUUUCGGCGCUUUUCUGCGCCCAAACUCUGAGGACAUGACAGAAACGUCGCCUGGUGCUGAUGAAGAGCUUCGGACUUGGCGCAUUCGUGCGCUGCAGGCUGAGGCUGAGGUUCGUUCAUUGAAGCGUACCAGGCCUCUGCAGGGUGAGUCCGAGACGAGCCGUCCCGCGGAUACGCGAAGAGAGACUUCUCGUGUGGACUUUGGCAUGCAAACCGAGCUCGUUGAAACUGUGGACGAGUUCCAUGCCGAAGCCCGUGAGAGGUUAAGGAGUUCGCCUGUCGGCUCAGACUCGUCUCCCCUGUCGGAAAUCGAAGAGUUGAGACAACAGUUGAAGCAAAGAGACACGGCCAUUGUGCAGCUGCAGGCUGACAGCCAUCGCGAGCACCAGUCGAAGCAGCGCAAAGCCGUGGAGCAACAGCAAAUGUACCUCGAAGAGCUCCGCGAAAUGACUCAGCGCGCUGAAUCCCUCAUGGAUCAACUGCGCAAGUCGAAGAAGAGCGGAAGAGAGCUGCAAGCGGCACGCGAGGCGGCCCGGGACGAGUUCCUGACGGCGCGCUGCGAACUGCAGGAGUGUCAGGCGCAGCUUCGAAGACAAGUCUUUGUUCCAUCCCAAAGUACUGAGCCAUCUGCUGGACGCGAGGAAGCAGAGGCAGCGCUUGGAGACUCCGCAGGUGAAGCACUGGAUCCCUGGAGAGGACAAGCCAAAGUCGUGCAAUCCUUUGGUACUCUGCGAAAGCUUCACUCUGAUCUUUCCAAAGAGUUGCAGAGCCACUCGACCAGCCGAGGAGGCAAACCGACCGAAGACGCCGUCUCGAGAAUUCUCCAGCAGAUGGACAAGGCGUUGCUGGAUGGGCCGCCUGCCGAUGGCAGCCGUGCGCUUGGCGCCUCUUUGAGACUUCCACCGUCCAGUCCUGAAGCUGAGAGGCCGGUACCGGAGGGAAAUCAGCUCAAGAUAACUUCUUCAGCCACUUCAGCAGCUUCUCCACAAGACCAAAAAGAUUCUGAUGAGGUGCUGCUUCUGAAGUUGGAUGUGAACGCCGUGCGCGUGGCGGCAGAACUGGAGAAGGAGAAAUUGAUCUCGGAGCAUUGUGACCAAUUGGACGAUUUGGUCAAGCAACACGACAAGGAGCGGCGCAAACUGCAGAAUGAGUUGACCGAGCUUCGCUCCAAGCAACUGUGCAGUGAGGCUCGGGAGAAGCCGUUGCAGGAGAUCCGAGCGCACUUCGAGAAGCAGGUCGCUGAGGUGAAAUACGGCUUGGUGGCGCAGAUUGCGGACAUCCAUGAGCAAAAACGGAUGCAGAAUGGACAAGCGGAGCAGGAAAUGGCACUUUUGAAGAAGGACUUGGAAAGGUGUCAGGCUGAACUGGCGGCGAGCCAACAGGAGCUCCGCAAACUAGUGCUGCUCUACGAGAAGGAACAACAAGAACUACAAGACCUGCGGCAACAGCACAGCUCCGGCGAUUCCAAGACAUUGAUUCUGGGAGAAAGCACGGGAUGACGUCGAUGACGUGUCAAAAACCUGGGAUACUUACAGGUA